GCUCAAACACAAAAAGCAGGCAUUCGCAUUUUUGAGAGCAAGGGUCUGUCAUCAACCCGUUCUCUUUUCGUUUGACCCUGCUUCGUAGUUGAUCGCGCAGCCGUUUUAUUUAAGGCUGAGAUGCAGGAAUUCGUUCAUCUUUCUAUAAGAUUUUACGAAUGAAUCCCUCGCGCCCCGUGACACUUAGCAGGGUGAACGCUCCUUAAUUUUUUUUUUCAGAUGCGAGCACAAGAUGCGAAAAUGAAAAGGAGAAUCAUUCAACAUUGAGCCUGCAGGUCCAAAACUAGUGAAGCAUCUCCUAGAUUUGAUCUCCCGUGGCCCAUUCGUGUAAUUCUUUUUACCCCCCCUUAUUUCGACAUGAUAGCACUCCUUCUUCUUGGUGAGUAGUUUUUGGCUGUGAUUGGUACAGACGCGGCGUUUGGUCACACACAAAUUCCUGCGGCUAAACAUUAUUCUUCUUGUCUGUUUUUUGGUCGGCUCCGUCUCCCUGUCUGUUUUUUAAGAUUUCCUCCCGUUGGUAUUGGUUUACUUUUGUUUUCAUCUCUACAACUACGCUACGAGUUUUCAGUGACGAAUGUAUGAAGGCGCAUACUUUUCAUUUUUCCAUCGUAUUUCAAGACUCUCUGUAAUAGACCUGCAGAAGAUUAUAACCCGUGAAAGAUUCAUCUCUGCUUUAUUUCCAAGAAGAAAAGAAGAGACAUGAAAAAGGCGACGGAGCAGGUCACUUUCUUCACUAGGCGUCGACAGUGAAAAGCAAAAAAUGCAAGAACAGUUGCCCCUCCUUGUCCCAGCUAAUUUUGCAGCGCUCGGUUAUCUUCGCGAGGAGCCGCGCCGCGCCCGGGAAAAAAAAUAUGUUCCGGUGGGUCGCGGUCUUCCCGAUCUGGAUCAGGAGCAGAAUAGCAAGAACCGAGGAGUUGGCUCAUUCCCGUAAAGAAGACAAGAAUCCGGCGCGGAUUUAAAGACAUGUAACAACUUCUACAUUAUUUACCGAAGCGGGCUCUGGCUUCUGCGGAUUUGUUUCUAAGUAAAGCGAGAAGAAGAAGAACAACAAAAUCCGCAGCGAGAACGGGAAGGGAUGUUGAAGCGUCCUGACGUUACAACGCCCCACAUGUCGCGUCGACCCGUGCGGAGUUCAAGUCUCGCGAGGCGGGGGAAAGCCCGGGCGUACUUUGACCAAUCGUCUACGACGUGCCGGGAUGUAGCUGGCCUGGCGCGCCUUGUCCACCGACUACAACCCACGAAGAGAGCUGUAGUUUAUUUCCCGCUACCUCUCUACGCGCCACUACUAUUCCUACUACUUCUACAUUUGGGCGGGUUGACGACACUAACGCAGAUAUUUUUCCCUGUCAGCGAUGACGACGACCGGCCUGGGUCGACGUCGUCGACGACGGCGUCAGGAAUUUUUAAUCUGCCCCUCGCCCAUGCGGCGCUGUCCGUGCCAUCCGGCUACGAGUCCCUCAUGUUCGACAUCCGAGACCGUGUGCUGGUGUCGGAAAGAGACCUGGAGAAACCGAAAGCCGACCGGGUCUGCUACGCACUGGGGACAAAUAGAGCUGUUGUUCAUCUAGUUCUCUACGAUCAUCAUAAGAAAGUGGUAAGUAGUUCUUUUGUACGCAGCCUGGUGGUCCUGUAAAAACCGCUCCUGGAUAGAGUACCAACAUGCGGCCUAAUCGUAGUAGCAUCCAUCUUGUAAAGACCCUCUACGUGGUAGUCCAUCACUUUUUGCUCUCGUGUGGUCUUCCAGUAAAUAAGUGCAUGAAAUAAAACUACCCCCCUUUCGAAGAUGAGUGCGGGCUUCAUCCUCGAAAACGGUUCUACACGUGCAACGGACGGCAAGCCUUGAGUGCAGCAAGUGCACAGGCAGAAAAUUUCGAAGGAACUGCAAGAGCAUCAUGCAUUUUUUCUGUAUCGAUAUCGAACUGAACAACAAUCGUUCUGGAAUGUCUCAGUUGCAUAAGAUCUCAUCAACGGAGGGACCCUAUUGUCUUCCGAACACCCAGCACUUUCUCGGGGAUACGGUAUUGCGUACUAGGGUUGUUUGUAGUUUCUUUUUGUUACGAUUACCCAACAACCAUGCAAUGGAUGUCCAAUGCCGUUUGCCAAUCCUAGGCCUAUCUUCACCACCAUGGCACUCUAUGUGAAGCGGACAUGGAGACAGUAUUAAUCUGUAUCAACCUCCCAGGUGCUCUCCCGGCGUCUAUUCGGUCCGGAAGCGGUGGCCGACGCGUUAAAGACUCUGAACGAGUACUUGCAAAAGCAUUCCGACGAGCUGUUUCAGAAGUAUCGGCAGAAAAUGAAGAAGGCCGCCGCGAGUAGCGCCGCGCUGCCGAACGGGAAUGCUGGCAGCAGUGCCACGAAGUCUGGGGCCGCCAAAGACCAGGGCGCUCUUGCUUCUGGCUCGGGCUCCUCUUCGAGUAGAAAUCAGGUCACAAAACUCUCCAGUGAAGGGAGCGGAAUAUCAAAUGCGAACAAGGGCAAGGAUCUAUCCCAAGCUGAAGCUCCUGCAACCUCGCAAGUGGAGCUGGACUCUUCGGGGGGCGGUCGGUUCGAUGACAUGAUGAAGACCAUUUUUCCGGAGGGACUCGAAGCCACAAACGUUACUGUGGAGGACCUCGGUAUCCAGAGUGAGCUUAUUUCUGCCAUUGUUCACGAUGAACUUGAACAUGAAAUGCACAAACUACACUCUUGCAUUUAGAUUAAAAAUUGCGUAAAUUUACUAUAAGCAGCAUGACAAUUGGUGUCGGCUUCUGAGGGGCUACUUCUAGUAGAUGAAGUUUGUUGUGGUUUUUGUACCGUAUGUAGUCCAACGGCGGGAAUAAGUUUGUACUCCUGCACACUCGACGCCGCGAUGCAAUUGAUGCAGUUGAUGGAGGGUGCGUUUCCGGAAUCCGAUUGGCCGGCGAUGCGGGAGCAGCUGGAAGGGGUCAAGGAGAAGCUGCGCUUGAGAGAACAAGCGAAGCAAGCGUCUUCUGCAACGUCCAAAACUACAACCGGCACGACCGCAAGUGACCACAGCGGAGAUCAGACAGCCGGCGCCUCAAACGACCAAGGGACGAACAAUGCGAGUGGUUCGUCUGCCAGUAGUUCCACAGAGAGCAAGAGAGAAAGGGUGAAGACGGAAGACGUGGUGGAUGGCGACGAAGAGGGCCUGUUCGGCAACAAAACUGCGGAAGAAGAAAUCGACGCGCCAAACGGGAACAAUAGACCUACACAGUCCUCCUCGUCCACACAGGAAGGCGACAACGCAAAUGCCGCCGGAGCGGCUGACGAGCAGGGACGAGAAGAACCGACGGAGCAGGGUCAUACUGCUACGCAAACUCCUAAUGCUGGUGCAGGUUCGGAUAGUGGUCGUGCAGAUACCAGCGAGUAUGAUAGUGGUACAGGAUCUGGUUCUGGUGCGCAUCAAGAAACAGAACCACCUACGGGCUCUUCCAGUCCGCAGGACCAAGGAACGUCGGCCCCAGGAGGCGUCCCCCCGCCGGGAGAACAAGAGGCUGGCAGUGGCGGAGGCAGCGGCGCCCCUACGUCAGGAGGUUCUUCUCCUGCCACGACGGCCUCUGAGCAAGAAGACCAGCCCCCACCUGCAGGAACUACGGGAACACCACCGGGUGAAAACAGUCCGACGGAAGCAAGUACGACUGCUACUGCUACUACUCCACCAGCAGCGGAGAGCAAUGGCGCUGUUGUUGCCACCACGACCAGUAGUAACAUAGAGGAGAGUUGGCGAACCUCCGAAGACAUGCAACUGCUCCGCGAGCAGGCAUACUUACUGACGGACAACCAGAAGCGGAAGCACAACGAUUACGAGCACCGGCGGACGAACGAGACGCUGACUGAUUGGCGCUCGGAAAAGCGCGCAGAGUUGUUCAAGUACGAACAUGAAGGGCACUACGACAAUAACCACUUUCAGCAGCAGGAAAAACGCGCUGUUUUUACGGACGAGUUUACACACACCAACCCGACGGCGUUCAUGCGGUUUAUGGAACUCUCACACGUUUUAUUUACAUUGAUCACUGGUGCAGGAUUUGUGUAGUUUGUCAUGCAAAAUCACUACGACCAGCCACAGGCACAGCCACCACACGAUUACUUCGCAUGGAAAAUUUUUCCUCUUGCGCCAAAUCAAUACCCGGGAAAUCCUUGCAGAAGCUGUAAUGCAAGACCUACGAGCACAAGCGAAGCUGAGCUCCCCCAUUUAGUAACUUUUGCUCUACUUUUUGCACCUUCGCAAAAUCACGUUGUUUAUGGAUUGCCGCGUUUGUGGUUUCAUCGGUCGCUUUAGCAUGAUGACAACAUCAUGUAGUUAACAGCGAUCAGUGCUGUCAGCACGUUUGAGAACGGCAUACGUUUUACCGCACAGAAGUUCCCGGGAAACGCGUUUGAUGCGCAACUGAAGAAGAGCAGCGACAUGUACAGCCGCAUGAAAACCAGGAACACGUUUGGCAGCAGUUUGUGGAAGAGGGCCACGCACGAGCACCCGCUCCUGGAGGAGGGCCACAUGCCCGUCUUAAACAAUAUGCUGACCAUGUUGAGCGAGGCCUCCCGGAAGAGUUCUGGUAAGAUUCUCGGUGGUGGAGACACCGGCUUCGACUCCGCAGAAAACGUAAAUGUCCGACUGCUCGAGGAACCCGAAGACCGCGCGGACGUGCGGCUGUUGGCGCGUUAUCUCUGGCCCCAGUACCGAUCCCUGAACAACAUUUUCGAGCGCGCCGGCUACAACUACCUGAGCAGCGUACCACUUUCUUGCGACUUGACACCCGUUUUUUUUUUUUCGUAAAGGUGCUGUCUACUAAUACUUCUGCUUUUCAGUGCGUUGUGCUAAAUCUAUAUGAGCUCCAGGUACGAUAGAUAUGAGAAUUAAAAAUCACUCAACUACUUAAAUUUAAAUACUUCAGGAUCGCGAGGACGUGAAGCCGACCCAGCAAUCCCGCGAGUCCGUGUUCGCGAUUGAGAGCAAAUAUAGCCGGAAGGAGGACUUCCCUCCCACCAGCAACCAGGUGCAGCACCCCUUCUGCUACGAUAACUCCUGUUUGGAGCGGGACCUGGUCGGGAUCCCGGAGAACGAAGUCUUUCUGGACGAAAUCCAGGGCAAGCUGUACGAAACCGAAUACCGGUAUUCGCGACCAGAGUUCCGCGCGAAGCAGUUGACUCCGACGACGAAGUUUUUCGGCGCGCAAAAGUACUACAUCCGCUUCGGCCCGCGUAACCACUUCCGGAAGGGGCUUAGGCACAAACACUUGCAACGGCAUUGGCAGUACAGCGGUAUUACUGCAUCCGCCGCGGCACCGCGGGUGGAGGACCAGCAGUCUUCAGUUGUAGAUACUGCAGGCGGGGGUGAUGCUGCUGCUGCACGGGACAUAAAUGUGCAAGAUGAAACACAAACUGCAUCAUCCCCGGCCGCGUCAACAACUUCUAGUCCCUCUACUUCAACUUCCGUAAAACCAAAGCACCUGGAUAUUACACUGAAAAAUGCCCCCACCCCAGGACUUCUUGCGAGCAUUUGUAUUGCAAACCUUUGCAAUGGGAACAACCAUCCCCGUCUUACUAUAGUAUCAGCAUCACAAAUUUGCCAUGCUGAAAGGCUCAAAUUUGUGCUGCAAAGGAGCCCACCGGCCGGCGGAUCUGUUAUGCAAAAGAUACCUUGCGCGUCUAGAUUCUAUCUGCAUCAGGAGGGCUCGUGCUUAGUCCUUUCAUGCAAGACAAAAAGACUUUCAUUUGAAAACCUUAUGCAUGAGAAACUUUUGCAAAUUCCAGGGUGUGCGCAUUUUUCAUCGUAGUACUGGACCCUCAAUUGUCGACUUUUUACCUGGCGAACCUACAGGAGGACCUGUCCUAUUGAAAGGAAAAACUCCCCCUCCCCACAUCAAAACGGAAUUUCUGAUGCUGGAUUUGUGUACACAAAUCAGCUAUGUAUUGCAGAGAGACAUUGCGGCCAGAUCCCCUGGCUAGGUAGGGGCGUAUUGGUCUAGUUGUUCAGCACGGCAAACGGCUCCCCUUUAGGCUGAACAGCAUGAGAAGUCGACUCCAUAAUAGGGCGGAAGCUUCUGCCCUUGUCUUCUUGCAAGACAAAUCUGAUUUGUGACCCCAAAUCAGCAACACAAAUUUUCGAAAACAUACCCUUUCAAUAUGGGGAGGGGGGAUUUUUCUUCACAAUAUGUCCACGCAGAUGCUUUACCACCGCGGGUACGUGCACGGGAUGACCUUCGAGGAAAAACUCAGCCGCUUUUCCGUCGACCGCACGUUUUUGCGGUGGAAACCCAAAGAGCCGACGGAGCAUUCGAUGCUGGACCGCGACAAUGCUGAGCAGUGGCAGGGGAAGGAGUACUCGAAGGAGCUACCAAACCAGAACGCGGUCCUGUCGCUCUUCUCCACGAAGACGGCAACCGUGACGGAAACGGUUCGACUUCCGACGAAACCUGCGGUUGACCAAUUGCGAGACAGCAAAAAGCUCGAGCGCCGUCUGCUCGACGAGUUUUCGCAAGUGCUUUUGCGCAAGCGGGCGGACAUCGUGGAGAUGCAGAAGAAGGUCCAGGCGUUUGGACCGACCGACUUGCUGGAGAACGCGGGGGCUGGCAUGCUGCAACGGCUGCAGACACUGGAACGAGACCUGGCGGACCAAGAGCAAAAGUACGCCGCGUUUGCACUGGGGUAUGUGGCAGAAGCCGGACCUACUGCAUCUUUUUCGCAGCCGACUUCGCUCGACAGCUUGAUCGCUUUGAAGCAGUUGCAGCAGAGUAGCAGUUCUAGUACUUCCUCCGCUGGUGGAAGUAGUAGUACUACGACAGCAACAAGUGCAUCAUCCUCCUACUCUCCGACCGCUUUGUCCUCGAACAUCACAAUCGUGAACAGGUUGAGAGAGGCGAGCUACUACGAGAACAUCGCGGCGUUUCCGACUCUGAGGGCGCUCGUGGAGAAGAGCAAAACGGCCGAGUCGACGAAGUUCGUGGCGGAAGCGGAAAAGAUGGGUGGAUCAAUUCAACCAAAGAACGGAGAUGGCGCGCCAGAGCGCCUGGUGGUGGAUGACCAAGUCUUUGUCUCGAACAAGGCAGAGCGCAUCGCGGAACUGCGACGGGCGGAAACCGGAUUUUUGCUCGGACGCGGCGUGAUUGGUGCGGCCCUCAACCGAAGGCACAGUGCGACAGUGGAAAAUAUAAAAUCUUCCGAUAGUUGUUUUACACAGCACACGACCUCCCCCGACAAGUCGUUGAGUCCUCUGGCAGCAUCUGUUACUAGUUCUUCAAAAAGAACAUCACCAAGCAGGAGCUCGGUGCACCAUUAUCCCUACAGCAUGCAGCCAAAAAGGAACCAAAAGAAGCGGCUGAAGGUGAAGUUCCAACCCGAAAAAACCUGGGUCCUGGCGGCGCACGGCUUCGUCCCGAAGAGUGAGCAGAGUUGGAUCACUUUGGAGCAGCCGGCCGUGGUUCGCGAGUUGAAGGUGUUUUUUGACAACAAGAAGCCAUUGAACUUCGGCAAACUGGAAAUUUCCGGCAUGAAGCAGGGGGUGGAAAUCUGGCGGCGGCACGUUCUGCAGCCUUCUGACCAGGCGGACUCCGCCUGUCCGGUCGGGUCCCGCGUGUUUUACCAGAAGGAGUCGCAGAAGAAGGUGCGCCAGGGGCGGGUGGUGCGCCAUUUCCCAAUGCUGGGGAUGAUGCAAAUCGAGCCCUUCAAGGGGGGCAAGAACGGGAAGGUCCUUGGUUCGCGGUUCUCUGCCUCGGCCGCGAGGUCGUCCCGGGGGCAGUACCCCUACCGGUUUCCGGUUCUGUUCCGGAAGCAGUCCGAGGUGGCCAACGACAAAGGGAUCAACUGUGCCAAGUACGCCGUCACGAGGCACUUCACGAAAAAGCUGCAGGACGAAGGCAUGGCUUCCACCGGGGCCGGGUUUGUGCGUCGUGAUCUUCAUCUCGGGGGGGAACGAGAGGCGGAGACCACGCUGACACCACCCACGUCGGUGGACGAAACUACAAGCAACAGUUCUAGAAGCAGCGCGGCUGCAGCAGGAACGCAGGCUAGUAAAAGUCAGCAAAUAAGGCCGACGUCCGGAGGGUCCUCUGAGGACUUAGUUUUCAAAAAGAAGUCACCAAUGUCCCGCCGCCGGCGCGUUGUGAAGAUCACGGACGGAGCAUUGGAAACGGUCGACACGAUCUUUUUCCGUUGGCAGUUGCGCAAACCCAGUCUCGCUGCGGAUCAGGUAGAAGAUCAAGAUAGCGAUAGCGCAUCUUCAAGAAGUAGUGGAGCAAAUGCCCCUAGUACAACCUCAUCUUCUUCAAGCCAAGAUCCUUUUUGGGGCGUGGAUUCUUUCACGCUCGCCUACGUCCAAGACCCGAUUGCGCUCUGGGACGCCCACAACCUGCGGGAAAUGUGGUACCAGGAGCAAAUGCGGCGAGCGGAGGAGAUCAUUUGGACCAACGUGCGCGACGCUUUUGAGUUCCCAAACAGCCCGCGAGACCGAAACCCGCAAGACGAUUAUCCUCGAGAAAAGUUCGUAGUACACCAAGCUGCACACCUUAAAGUAAUCAAAAUCUGGUGCUUUUUAUUUUUUCUCACGAGAAUAAAGCGACUGAGCUACAAUAAAGGCAAUGCUAUACCAUCAUAUGCAAAAGGAGAAUCAGUAUCAGAAUGUUGUAUCAUGCGGAGAAGUAGAAUGUUGAGAUACUUGGAAAGUCAUGCUGAACAUCCACCAGCGGUGGACCACUGCCACUUGCUGUGACACGACAAAUGAAUGCGGCAUGGCGAAGAAUAUUUUGGCUUCCGGUUAUUUCAAGUGCAGGUGUGCAGCUUUUCCGCUUGAUAGCUCGGCGGCCGCGGGGGGAAACACAUCUUUCGAGCCUUCGGAGAGCUUCGCGCAAGAGACCACUUCGUCCCUCCUGGAGGUGUCUACCCGGCAGCGCACCCACGAAAUAGUUCGGACGGGCAACGUGACGAAUGGGCACACAUACGACACCAGCGCAGUGAAGUCCUGGUCCGGAACCGGGUCGUACAACGACUGGUGGGCGAAGAAUGCGAUGUUCCGGGAGGAAGAGGAGGCGGGCUACCGAAUCGUUUCCAUGAACGUCACCGCCUGGGACUUUACUGCCGAGUGGAAAGCGCGGUCGGACUACAGGAAGGAGAAAGCGGCGCUAGAAGCGAAAUAUGAGUCGGAAUUAAGUGCUUGGAAAAACCGAACGGGGACAGCAACAAGCGAGGGAGGAGCUGCGGCAGAGGCAGCAGCAGGGGUCCCGGAUCCGGUUGCAAGUGCAACGUCUCCGCCGGCAGAAGAUGGUCCACCUCAGCACGUCGAGACAGAACCCGUGAAACCGACGCUCCCCGUUCUGACCGACCAAGAUUUGAACCGCGCGGCGCACUCGACGGGCGGAAAUGUCUACACGAAGCGGCGGUUUUGGUCCAAACACGCCGAAUGGACGACGUAUGGGCAUGCGAGGCCGGGGGGCUGGUUCUACCAUAACGUAUCCAGGAAAAAAACUGUGUAAGUGUAACUUUCUUUGAGGAACAGCAUCACAAAUUUGCCCUACAUGACAGAGAAAACCUGUCAUGCAUGGUUUGUAAGGGAAAACACACAUGAAAAGAGGACUUCAUGGCUGUCUGGCAUGACAGGCGUAACUCUGUUGCAUCUUCUGCAACACAAAUUUACACUUACACAGUUUUUCUUUUUUUCUUGCAUACAACGAUCUGAAGUACCAGUACGACGCUUUUCUCCGCUAUGCAAGAAAAAAACUGUGUAAGUGUAAAUCUGUGAUGCAGAAAAUGUACAACAGUUACACUUGUCAUGCGCGACAUGCAUGACCGGCUCGGUUCCUAUAUGUUUUCCCUUCCUAUCUGCGCAUAACAAGUUUUUCCUGUCAUUGCAGACAAACUUGUGAUGCUGUUUUCCCAAAAGACUUACACUAACACAGUUUUUUUCUUGGAUAUCCGCACGGUGUUCCCCGUCGUGACCGCCGGAAGUGGGGAGAAACAGACCAUCUACCGGAUAAAGUCCACCGACAUGGAGUACAAUUCCAACGUCGACGCGUUGACGGAGCAAGAAAUAGAAAACCCUAAGUGGCUGCAGGUGAUCAAGGAAAAACUGCUCUCCCUGCCCUUCCACGCGUGGAAGCUCCAAACGGACCAGUUUGACUUGCACAAACUGCUCCCGGGCUUCCCCCAGGGCUUCCCGCCGGCCGAGUACGCAGCCGUGCAGGAAAAACGAGAACUGGCGCGAUUUUUUAUCUGGCAGCAGUACGGGUUGUGGCUACGACGCCAGUCCGCGUAUUGUGAGCGGUCCGGGACCGUGUACUGGAGCAAGUUGAAGCGGCCGUGUUUCAACGAGGGGCUGUUUGAGCACAGCAGUUACGACGUUUCGGACAUUUUGAAGACCAGCAGCGUCUGGAUCCCGGAGCAAUUUUUGCAAACACCGACUAUGACCGGCUCGGGCAUGACAAACACCGGGUCCUCCUCCUUCGCGGUGGCGAAAAAGAACGUGUACGACACGUACUCGGGUGGGGAUAAAAGGUUCUACAACCGCGUCGGCACGGAGAAGGACGGCGCGGUGAAACUAGUGCACGACUCGAAGCGCGACGGCUUUUACGGAGAGGGACACAACCCGGAGCGGUUGUCGAAGCUGAUCGAGAGCAAAAAGCUCUUCAAGGAGCGCAAAUACGACGACGUGCCCGCGGUGGCCUUCGACACGAGCCAUUUACGGACCGCGGCCGACUGCAUCCGCCUCAAGGCGGACUACGAGGCCGGGCGGGACGUGACGGGAAGGCAGCGGCGUGGUCUGCUGGAGGAGUCUGGUACUAGGAGCGAGGUGGAAGUACAACGACCCAUCCCAUUUACGAACAACAACGUAGUUGUUGAAGAUUUUUAUCCGACGGAGGUGUCGAGGACGAGAGAAAUAACGCGACAGGAAGAUAAAAAUUCACACCGCUUUCGGUCGUGGCAGGCCAUCGGGAAUUUGCAACUGCAUCACCGGAUGUACUGCGGAUCCAACGACGCCAUCUUUUUCGACGAAGCGGGUGGCGUCGGCCGCCACGUCAGCUUGAAAAAGUACCGAAACGCGUGGGACUUUUAUCUCAGUCGGAAUCGGGACGACCAAUCAAACUCUUUUGAGGAUACAGAGCCGAAAAGGGUAAAGCUCGACCCGUAUUACAGUGUGGUGCAGGUGUUGCGGCAGGGGGACACGAAGAUCAACGAGAUCUCCGGGGCAGCGGUCAUGUGGAGCAGCAACGAGUUGCUGACGUCCGAUUUGCAGGUCAUCAAGCGGUAUCAAAUGUAAAAAUGUCUGGGUCUGGAAGGUUGGAACUUGUCAUGCGAAAUCUGAAUCAGGCAAAAAACUGUGUUGCAUGAUUGCCAAAAGUUGUGCACUUUUGACCUAAUCGAGAGGCAGUUUCUCAUGCAGGAUAGGCAUGAGAAUGAGAAAGGUCUCGCAGAAUCUGUCAUGCUAUGUCCUACAUACCACACCUCAUGGGUCAUGGAAAACCUGCAUGCCAAAUCUCGUAAUCUUCCAGACCCAGACAUUUUUACAAUCCAUAAGCGGUCCGAGCUGGAAAAGGCCCGGGUGCGGGAGUACAAACGGAAGUACGAGGGAAAACGGAAUUCGGAUGAGAACAAAGACGAAGCGAAAGACUUGCUCGGAUUGAUCUCUUCCAUGGUCGGCUCGCUGUUCGGCUCUGGGGACAGCAGUAAAGAAGAAGCUUCAUCCUCCGCCGAUUCCGCGGCGAGUUUGGCAAAAGGCCCCGCAGGGUUUCUUAUCGCGCCCACCGCGGUGUACACGAGCAACAGGCUGCUGCAGAUUUUGGAAGACAUCCUACAAUACCCGGACUACUUCCUCUCGGGAAUCGCGUUACCAAGGGACGUGGAGUCGCUGCAGUUGACGGAUACUACUGGAAUAAGGGACCGCGCCGGGGGGUCUUACUUCGCAGCGGAUAAUUUAAAAAAUGCCUUUCCCUCCUCUAGAAAUAGCCACAGCAAGAGCAGAAAGAAAUCUCGUAGAAAUUCCCGAAAAACUGCAUCCAAGUCCACCUCUUCUGCGAUCGUUGGCGCUGCGAAGCUGCAGUGGAACAUGGUUUCCGUGGACGGGGAAACCGGCGAGCUGUGGCAGAACGGCACGAGACGGGUUUCGAAGCUCGAUGGGGGGCCCAGUUUGCUCGUAGAGCUCGAGGAGGAACAAAAUCAUCUUCAACACAAAGAAGCGGCGCCAGCUUCCUCUACGAUCCCGGGAGCGGAAGUAGAUGCUACGACUAGCGGCGCAAGCGUCGCUUCGACCGUCGUAGCUGCGGGCGGGGAAGAACAAGGGGAAGCAGGAGUAGUACAUGACGAGGCAAGAUCUUCAGAUUCACGACAAGGGGUGAACAAAACUCCCACCACGGUAGCCUCGACCGAAAAUGAUGCUCAGGUAGAAGAAUCUUCCCAAGUGAUUGUGCCGAAGAAAUUCAGCAGAGCAGGAUCAAAAAGUCACUCUGGUGAACCAACAAGCCCCAAAAAUUCGUUGCUCGAAACCAACAGUCUGAACGACUUUCUGAUCCAAACGGCCUACCUGCUCGGGUUCCUGGGCGAGGCGGCUUCGUACGACGACCAGGGCCAGCAUCUCUCGGAUUACAAGAACUUCGAACGGUUCUUCCAAACGGUGCUCGAGCAGCGGUCCAUCGCGUUGUCGGAAGUGCUACGCGCCAUGCGGGAGUACAAAGUUUUUGGGUACUAUUCCCGCGAGUUGCUGGCAGAACAUAGGAAAAGACAGAAAAUGAUGCUGGAACAAGACCGCGGGAAGCAGGAUAGUACUUCUAAGUGGGAUCUUCAUCAUACACGAGUUGUAGAGGGAAGUAGAACAUCAAUAUCGACACCAAGAAGAACUACUACUGCGUCUUCUAGUUCCUCUGCAGAAGGGGGAGAAGAAGACGGUGCAAGCGGGUCGGGAUCGGACUACUCUUCAACGACAGGAGAUGAAUCUACGGGGUCUGCUGGAUCAGGGUCGUCCUCCGGCGUCGAGGGCAGUAGUAAUUCAAGACAUUCCGACUCCGUAGACACGGAUCUUGGGGCGGAUCUUCAAGCUGCCGCACCACCAGUCGCUCGCGAACAAGAAGAGAACGAGGCUGCUGGUGAUGAAAGCAGGAACCCUACUAGAAGCGGCCCGGUGCUGUCCGUGCUCACGCCAGAGGAUCUGGAAAAGUGCAAGCAGGAAUCUUCGAACCGGCCCGAUGGGAAGUGUACGAUGACAGGUGAAGAUUCCAGAACUACGCCCACUUCACCUCAGCUCGCUGAAAAUGGUAAUAAAGCUCCUUCGGGAUCGGGUCGUGCAGCUGUAGUAUUAGAAGAGGAACAUCACAGCCAGAACCCCUCUCACUCGACCUACGAAGGAGCAGAAGAGGACGAGCGGAUCAAAGUCAUCGUAAAGCUUCUCGAAGAAAAGGCCGACCACUUGGGCCCGGCCGAGUGGGUGAAAACGGGCCAGCACUUUCAGGGCGCGUAUUUCUGCGCGCAGGGGGAGACCCGGAUGAAAGUGAGGUUCGAAAAGGUGACGCCAAAAACUGGAGUGGCAAGCAUUUACACGGAGGACCAAGACGCACCCUUGACAGAGUUGGAGGUACUGGCUAUAUCUUCAAUGAUUAUAUAUAGAUAAUCGUCCUGGUCGUACUUUAUUUUCAAUACUAGAUCGUGACGAGUACAACUCACAGUGUAGUUUGAUUCAGCCCGAGCGUUCCUUUUGCAACCUGUUUGGUGUCUUCUUCCUCUUCACACGGUGAAGGUGAAUCUCUAUCAUCUAUUCAUGAUCUUAUCGUGGUCCUACCAGUAUUCCUUACGUUUCUCAUUUUUAUCACAGAUCACCGCCCUUCUCUCUUUCGAGACGGGUACUGGAAUCAAAGGCAGUUUCACCCUGACCGGAACCGUUUUCCUGGACACGGGUAUCAUUCACCUGGACGGGAAGGAGUGGAUCGAGCAGCCUGAGGGCUACAGCAUGGUCGGGAUCGUUGGCACGUUAUCCUGAGUAAAAGCGUCCCCAUCCCAUAGUCAAGAUGGGAAAUCUGCUAGACAAAGCAGCCAGCUUAGGUUGUUACGCAUGACACACUUGGCCUCGUAGUGUGAAAAUCGUGUUUAGCUUGUUCAGCAGCAUCACAGAUCUAGCCUAGUAUGCUGAUCGGCGCAUGACAAAUUCCAAAACGCGACUAGAAAACGCAGGUCAUGGGGCUCCGCAUGAGAAACAUUUUGAGCAUGCAGAAUUGCAUGACAGCUUCUAUGGGGUUGGGACGUGUUUACACAGGAUACACGUUCUCCAGAAAACACAUUGCGGGGAGGGACACCUUCAUCAACUACAUCGCCGCCACCGUGACCGCGGAUUUCUGCGACUACGCACGGGCGACCGACGAGUUUAUCCCGUUAGAACUGGCGGUAUGAAAUGCAAAAGCAUCGUACUAGUAUAAAUCGCAUGACAAAUUUCCUCAGCAUGGGAAAUGGAAUCUGUGAUGCUGAUUGACCUUAGGAAAAAGAUUUGUAAUGCAUAACUGCAAUUGCUACGAGUACGAUGCUUUUGCACUGGAUAGGCGGAAAAAAUCACCCCGGAUAACGCCGACGAGGAACUCGACGACACCCGUAUCACAGUGAAAAACGCCCCCACCCCCGAACUUGGGAGCAUUUGUAUUGCAAACCUUUCCAAAUGAAACACUCGCCCUCUUGCAUCUAUCAGCAUCACAGAUUUCCGAUCGUGAAUAGCAAACAUUUGUAUUGCAAAAUAUCCCAGCAAGAGCGACGCUCGUCAUGCAAGCGAUGCGACACACGCCUAGCCUCUGCAUCAGAAAGGUUCAUCUUCAUACUCCUUUCAUGCAUGACAAAAAAUUUUCAUUUGGAAACUUCGCAUCACAAAUUUUUGCAACUUUGGGGGUGGGGGGCACUUUUCACUGUAAUAACCCGGCGGAUUGUGCGCGCCAUGCACUGGGAGCUGACCCGCCUGCGGCGUCGCUGGGGCAGCAAGCUUUCAACCAUGUUCUCGGAUAUGCGGGCGGCGAAACAAGAGAAAAGCUCCGCCAAAGUCCUGUUUAUGGACAGCGACGGUGGAUCCUCGAAGGGGGGGAGCGCCGACGCGGCGAGUAACCUUUUUUCCCUCGUGAGCGACCUGCUGCGGUGAUACUUAUCUGAGAAUUAUAUCAGCGACAAGGCUUGUUCCACAUAGUAGCUCUGGAAUGGUUGAAAGUUUGGUAAAAGUAUCCGUAUAUGACCGUGUUUUACUUACUUAUUUUGGUUUGAUGACUUCUUUGUUUUGUGCUUGUCAUAUAAAUGCGCGUAUCAAUCAGUUUCAGUACUUGAAAUUAGAUUUAGAAAUGAAAAAGUAGUAGUCCGAUAUUGGCAGUUGGAGAAAUACACGAAAUGCAGCCUCUGUCGACAUGGACAUGUGCGGUGGGUGCCUAAUUUCGCACGUAGUGCAUCGAUUUUUUGCAGUCGAUGAAAACACAACCCGACGACAGAUGGAAAGAAUGGAAAUGACUUGCUUGUUGUCGAGCUCGAGUCUCAUGGUCAACACGCGAUGAUCAUAAAAUAUUGACAGGAAGUUCAUCUCCCACUAGUAGUAGGCGAAAUCGAAAUGUUGAUGGUUCAAAAGCUCCGGUACGAAAAAAAUUACCCUGGCAGUACCGAAAAUCAUUUGAAAAU